GCCCUUCUGUCAUCAUCCUUCAGGAUCCGUGGGCUGGCUGGGCUCAGCUGGGCCCUUCCCACCUGGGGCCUGCCUUGGGCAGCUGCAGGCUCGGCUGGGCUGGCGUCCAAGGCAGCUCUCGCGCGCGCCCGGCUAUGGCGCUGGCUGGUGGCUUGGAGCCCAGUGGACAGGAGCCCCCACGUGGCCUCUGCGGCAUGGAGUGCUCGGAGCCCAGCAGUGAGGCCACGAGAGAUGCAGACAGGAGCUGCAGGGUCCCCUAGGGCCUUACCUGGGAGUUCCACGACGCUCACCCACCCACCACAUUCGGCUGGGCUAGCCUGGAAUGGAAUGAAAGGCCUGGGAUGGCGUUCUGUUCAGCAGUUGCAGGGAGCCCAGCAGAGGCUGAAGCUGGCCCAGUCCCAGCACUCUCAGGAGGUCCAGCAGCUACAGGAGCAGGUGGGCCGGCUGGUGCCUCAAGACCACGUGGCUAAACUACAGCACCUGCUCAGCCUCCAGCAAACACAGCAGGAGGAACAUGAGAAACAGCUGAAAGCCACAGAGGAGCGGCUGGGCGAGGCGGAGGUGAUGCUGCAGCACGUGGAGAUGCUCCUCCAAGAGAAAGUGGAGGAGCUGAAAGGACAGUUUGAAAAGAACACGAAGUCCAACCUGUUGCUCAAGGAGCUCUAUGUGGAAAAUGCUCACCUGGUGAAGGCGCUUCAGGUCACCGAACAGAAGCAACGAGGUGCUGAGAAAAAAAGCCGCAUCUUGGAAGAAAAAGUGCAAGCUCUCAACAAACUCAUCAGUAAGAUUGCUCCCGCAGCCCUGUCUGUGUAGACGGCUUUCCUUUCCUAGGGGCACCCUUGGCCGCGUGGGGAUUGUGAAUCUUUGUUCGCCCCACACACAUUUAAUGGAUUUCUACUACGUGCCAGAUGCUGGGGAAAUAUACAUGUUGCGAAAGACUACAUUUUUAUUGGCAGUCCUGAGUAAUUUCCCAUUGGAAAAUUCUCACUUUUUCUAUUCAAUGGUGAGAUGAAUUAUGGGGGCUCUCAGCAAAGAACAGCUAAAAAAGGCAAAAUCGGGCUCUGUAGAGUUUUGCCAUUUCUCUGUUCUGGCCUUACAUCAUUAGAACUCUGGACGGUGGGUCUGUACACACGUCCUUCUGGAAGGGCCUCACUCGCUGUGAACUGUCAAACAGGAGAUAAAGGAGGGGAAGCCCCUUCUUUAGGGACUGCUCCCCCAUGGGGGGAUGUCUGGGCAGGGCUUAUCUUCUGUGGACUCAGGGAUGAUGGUGUUUAUUUGUGAAUGCAAUCUUUUCCUCAUUGAAACGUCAUCGCACUGGAAAUUGUACUAUAUGUAAAAAAAAAAGUAUAGUUUUAUACCUGAAAUAUACAUAAAUUAUAGCCAUUUGGUUUAUCAGAAUGUACUACUGUAAUAUGAAAAGAAUCACUGUAUUUGUAAUAAUUUUUUUCUAUUAAAAUUGACUUGUUUUUAUUUUA